CAGUGCCGUUGCCGCGGCGGCCCGGCAGUGGUGUGAGGAGCGGCGGGCUGACCCCCUCGAGUGGCUGAAGGAGCUGCUCACGUACCUCUCCAUAAACAGAGACCUCAAGAGCAAAGUGUGUGUCGAUGGAUGGAUGGAUGGAUGGAUGGAUGGAUGUGCACGGCCGUCGCAUCGCAUUCUGUACAAUCGUGUUGUGUAUCUUGUGUGUGUUGUGUGUUGUGUGCAGAUCCAGCGCGUUGCGGCUGAGGAGAUCACGUCUACAGUGCAGUUGGGCGAACUCUUAGGUAGGCAUGGCAGAGGAUGUGCAGGCAGGCAGCUAGGCAUGCACCAACCAUGAGUAUCGUUUUCCAUGUGUUGCUUGCUUCCUCCCUUCCUUCAGCCGAGGAGGCGCCGGAGGUCUACCAGCAGGCGUUGGGUGUGCUCAAGGGCGACAGCUAUGUCGAUACCAGCGGGCUGCUCGCAGAGGCCACCCUGUCGAUGGCAUACAAAUACCAACGUACGAACGACUCCAUAACCACAGACACACACACACGCGCGCACACACACACCCCAGAGUAUGUGGGUGUUUGUGCGGUGUGGUGUGUGUGUCUGAUCCAUCCAUCCAUCAGUUGGCGUGGAGGCCGUGCACUGCGCCCUGCGGAUCGGUCGACAGGCGCUCCGGCGCGUCCAGGACAACGCUGCCAACUCAAACAAAGUACACCUUAGUGGGAGGGAAAGCACUGCACCGUCGGGUAGCCAGCCGUGUGUACUGCAGGCGCGAUGUGGGUGUUUGGGGCUCAUCCGCGGACUGCUCAGGGCUGCGGCCAAGUACGGCCGGACAAGGCCUGGCUGCACCGUCACUCGCCGCACAAAGGAAGACCUGUGUGCAUGUCAUGUGUGCAGCGAGAGCGAGUUUCGUGUGGGUGAGGCGUAUGGGGUUCUGGAGGUGGAUCCACCGCAGCUUCGGGAUCGCUGGCUCGACGCACUACGUGAGCCAGCAACACCCACUCAAACACCAAACACCAGCCUGACUGACCCAUGUCGGCCUGCCUGCCUGCCUGCCUGUCUGCUUGGCUGUUGUGCUGACAGGUCGUUGUGUGGAUGGUGGCGAGAGCAGCCUGGCGUCGCAGCUGGUGGUGGGCAUGUACAAAGAGCUCGACGACCGCACACUCAGACAAAUCAACACCAAUCAGGUCAGUGAGUCAGGGGGCAGGGGGACCAUCAUGUCAAUUGGCCGAUGCAUAACUGGUGCUCCACUACACUGCAGGACCACGUGGCACUGGUGCAGCGCGUUCUCACCACCUACAUCGAUUUCGAGAUCUCUGUGUGGCAGAGCAUCUACGAGCGGGCCAAGACCAAUCCUAGCCCCGAUCCACUGGGCGACUACGGCCGCUACGAGGCCACCACGGCCCUCUGUCGCCACCUGCAGGCCAAGCACUUCGGUGACCAGGAGGAUGAGGAUGACGGCGAUGAUGACGGCGAGGGGGAGGGGGAGGGUGGGGGCGAGGAGGCACUCGACCGCACCGCAGAGCUCUAUCGAGACCUCGGCGACACCGAUCUAGCGAUUGUCGAGGGGAUGGAUGCGUUGCUCGAUGUGAGCGAGGGAAGGAAGCAGGAGCAAUAUGCUAACUGCCAGAAGGUGUUGCUGCUGUGUGUGUAUGUGUCACUCCUUUCUCUUCUCUCUCUCUCUCUCUGUGUGUUUGGUUCGUUCCCCAGUGCCGCCCACGAGAUGUGCUGCUGGAGGAGCUGCUCGAAACGGGGCCACCUGCACGUACACACACGCACACACGCACAGACGACAAGCGAGUCGCAUUGGUUGGAUGCCGCACAUGUGCGGUUGGUCGGCGUGUGUGUGUGUGUGUGUGUGUGCAGUGGCGGCCACCCUGUUUGAGAUCGUGUUGCGUCGCGUGCGUGAGGAGGUCGUCGAGUUGGAUGGCGACGUGUCAUCAGAGGAAACCAGGAUGCGUCAGAGGGCUAUCGCAAAGGUACACACCCCCACAGCCACACACACACACACACACGCACACACACAACAGCCCCUCCCUCUCCCCCACCCUGCCAAAAACCAUGAUGGAUGUGCCCGUGUGUAGGAGUUUGGUGUGUGUGUGUCGUCUUGCGGCCAUGUGUCGGGCCACCUGGGUGGCCUGAUGGACGACGAUGACGACCAGGAGGACCCUGACACACGACUCAGAGGUGGGUCAGAUCGGGCAUGACAUGGUGGUGGACUGUCUGUCUGUCCUCUCUCCUUCGUAUGAGUGCAUUCCCUCCCUCCCUCCCUCUCUCCCUUGUCUGCACAUCCUUUCUGCAGGUCGCAUUUUGGAGAUGGCCUUCGAACACCUGAGUCCGCUCAUCAACGACGAGGGGCGCCCGGAGGGUGAGGGGCCGGCCGGGUGUGUAGGGGACGCUCACACGCACCAUGGCUGCCUGCGUUUGGUUUGCCCAGAGUUGCGUUGGGAGGUCCUCGACUGCGUGCCGGCCGCCCUGAGCCUCUCUGUUCAUAAUGGGGAGUGGCACCGCGACCAUCAGGUGACCUGAGCGACAGACGGCACCAUCCGCCGCCCGUGUCCGUGUGCGUGUGAUCUCUCCCCUUUUGUCUCUCUGCUUGAGUGUCAGAACGCGUCGCUUGCCCGUGGUGCGGUGGGGCAGAUGAUGGACCUGGCCGCUGACGCCUGUGAUGCCACUGUAGCGAGAGAGGUGAGCUAUGCAUUGCACCUCGCACCCGUGCACACCAGGGUGGGUGGGGUGCAUAGUGGGUUACACACACCACACUUGCUGUGUGCGUGCAGGAGCCUGGCGCGCCCGAGAUGACCCCCUUGUCGCUCAUCGCCCUCCGUGCCCUCAGAAAGCUCGAACGUUAGACAACAACAACAAGUUUGUUCUGAGGCCCAUGUCUUGUCUUGUCUUGUCUUGUGUUUUGUGUGCGCAGCGGCAGUUGUGUUCCACAUCGUGGGGCCUCUGGUGGCUCAACAACUCAGCAGUGAGGAUCCCUCAACCGUCAAGGCCAUACACAUAGAGGUCAGCCAGCCAGUCGGUCGACCAAACCAACAAGGGGGGCUGGACGACCGAGGGAAUACUCUUUCAUUCUCACUGCUGUCUGUGUGUCUGUGUGUGCAGAUGGCGGCUGCAUAUCGCACACGCGCCGACGACUUCGACAGCAACGACCAAGCGGCCUGUCGCGAGGUACGCUCACACACACAUCACAUCACACCACACCACACCCAGCCUGACCGCCUUGAGCAGAUAUCCAGCAAGAUCCGUCGUGUGGCCUUCGCGCGCGACCGAGCCGGCGUGUCCACUCGCGCCAAGGCCCUCAUCCACCUCACCUCGUCAAUCGCCAUGCUCCCCAACUACGUAGACUCUACACAACACACAAAACCACACACACACACAUGCGAUCUCUCCCUAUGUCUGUGUGUAUGGGUGUGCAGAUGCAGCAGGCUGAGAGCCGCAACCUCCUGGCCGCGUGUGUCAAGGAGGCCGAGGCACUGGCCAUGGACCGCGCCGUGCUGCUGACGUGCAUCAAGGACGUCAUCAUGCGGCUGGGUCCGCGGCCGUCGCCAAUAAACUCGCCGUCAGAGGAGCUGGACGGCGGGAAGGAGCUCCGGCAGAGCCUCCAGGGGGUCGUCAGCGAGUGCAUGCGGCACCUGGGCAAACACAAACCUGUCGGCGACAAGGCCCUCAAAACUCAGGUACACACACACACACACAGACCGGUGUAUGGCUGUGUGCGUGUGUGUGUGUGGAAUUGGCAGCAUGCCGCCGUCGAUAUCAUGACCAAGAUCGUCGAGGUCAGCAUACUACCACAGGACAGAACAAGCAGUCUCGUGUGGUGUGUGCAUAUGGUGCCACACGUGUGUAUGUGUAUGUGUAUGUGUAUGCGUGUGUGUUUGUCUUUGUUUGUUUGUCAGAAGUGGCCUGCAGCUCUUGGGCGGGAUGGCGUGACGGGCCAGCUGAUCGACUACCUCCUCAACGUAGCACUGGUCAGUAACUGCACAGCACACACAUCAAUCAAGUCUGGAUCCAUUCCAUCGAUCGGUACAGACGGCUGCGGCUCUGUGUGUAUGUUUGUGUCUCAGAGUGUGGGUAUUGACGUGUCCAAGUGGUUGUGCGGGACGCGCCAGCUGUCCGAGAGCGCCAUCCUCUGCUCAAGGGUCAUCAUUACCAACGCAGACGCAUCGGGCCAGGUGUGUGUGUGUGUGUGUGUGUGCCGGCCACACAAAUCGCACACGAAAUGGUUUAGUCUCUCCACCUACACCGGUCUGUGUGUGUGUGUAUGUGCGUGGAUGGAUGGAUGGAUGGAUGCAGGAGUUGUCUCGUCAGAUCGUAGAGUCGGCCGUCAAGUUCCUGCCAACCUUCAAGCUCGACCGAGAGGCGGAAAACAACAAGCCGCCACAGCAGCCACUUCCACAGGCACCUGAACCCGUGUCCUUCACACUCGUCACGCCCUUCAUAGCACAGGUGAGCUCACGAACGCCUGUCUCCCUUAUCUGCCCAUCCAUAUGUCACGUGCUCUUGUCGUCCCUCCCUCCCUCCCACCGGCUCAUCCCUGGUCCACCAGCACGUCCGUGAGCUGAAGGCCGGGCUGCACUUUUUCUCCCCCGCCAGCGCCUCCUCGACCAAACUCAUGGACGCCACUAUCGACACACUCAAGGUAAUGUACCUUUACACAAGAAAGAACUGUGCGCAGGUUGUCAUGUGACCGCUCUCUCUCUCUCUCUCUCUGCGUGUGUGUGUGUGCGCUGGCAGCACUGGCCAGCGGUGGAGGAGCAGCGCCUCGUUGUCGCGACGCCGGUCAGCAGGGGUGGCGCGGCACCGAGGUGUCUGCUUGGCUGCAACGGGCACUUCUGAUCUGUGUGGGUGGGUGCAGAUAGAGAUUUGGCGUCUGCUGCGGGCCAUGGUCGACGAGCUCGUCGGGGGCGGCAAGAAGGUGAGUCAGUCAGCAGAGCGGCGGGCGACGGACACACCCCAAUCCAAUGCACUCACUCAUCACAUCGAUUCGAUGGGUCAGGUGCCCAACAGUCAUGCGCUCAAGAGGCUGCAUCAGGUGGUGGCGGUGCUGGUGCCACACCUCUCACGAGACGGCCGCUGCCAACUGGGCUACGGCGCCCAACAGACACACAUAUUGCUACACGUGCGUGCGUGAAGUGAUCGUCUAACCCACAGCCACCAGCCCUUCACCCACCCCACACCGGCCCUCACCUCUCUCCCUCUCUCCCUCUCUCCCUCUCUCCCUCUCUCCCUCUCUCCCUCUCUGUGUGUGUGUGUGUCUGGUUUGUGCUUGUGCAGCUGUGGGAUGUGUUGUGGCGAGUUUUCCUGCGCAAGUGCGACUUGGCCUGGAUAGCCGACUUCACCCUCACCAAAGACCUAUGCACCGCACUCAAACAACACAACAUCGUACGCUGCCACCACCCCUCCCAGCCAUCCACCCGCUCUUCUCACCCAUGUGUGUGUCUGUCUGUCUGUCUGUCUGUCUGUGUGUCUGUCUGUGUGCAGGAUGGCCCUGUGUACCGUUCGUGGCGGUAUCUGGUCCGCGGCAUCCACCGACGUGGCCGCGAGCUGGCCCUGCAGCAGAGACAGGCGGAGCAAGACGACGGACACGACAGCAGUGGGCAGGCCAGCAGCGGACACCCCAGCGGCGGGGCCUGUCCUCCUGCUGCUGCCGCUGCUGCUUUUGCUGCUGCUGGUUUGCCGGGGGCAGCAGCAGCGGUUGCAGAGCUACAUGCUGCUGCUGCUGCCGGUGGUGGUGGCGGCCCCAGCCAGCUGACGCCGCCCCUGGAGCAGCCUGCUGUGGUUGCCUUUCUGCGGGAGAGCGGCCAGGCCAUCUGCCAAUGCUGGACGAGGUGAGGCGCGGGACGAGGGGGAGAGGCACAAACGGCAAAGAGAUCGUGUGCACGCACCUUCAUGUCUGUGUAUGUGUGUGUGUGUGUGUGUGUAUGUGUAUGUGUGUGUUGGUUGCUGACCUCAGUUGUGUGGAGCAUGCCAAGCUUGCCCUCGAGAUCGGUGAGGAGCAUGUUGAGGAUGUGUCGGAGUUGCGCCAGGCAGCCGGCGACAAGGUCGCACAGACCGCCAUGGCCUACGAGGAGUUCAUGCAGGUCACACAGCCACACACCACACACCACAUGCCACAUCACGUCACACACACAUGUGUCUGUGACCUGCAGAUGUUUGGUUCGAUGCGUGUGGGCGGACCGGAGGGCGAGGAGGGCGACGACAGUGAGGAGGCUACCACGCUCAGCGACGAGCUGCGGGCAGGUCUGCAGGAGUCGAGCUUCAGCCUGUUUGACGCCGCAAGCGAGUGUGCCGUCCACCACCCUCUCAAGGCUGCGUCCCUCCACGCCAUGGCACUGGCACUCAAGGCCGGCGGCACACACACCGCUGACGCAAUCUUCGCACCUGACGUGAGAUGGAGGGAUGAGUGGAUGGAUGGAGAAGGAGGUCAACGACCGACCCCAAUUGUGCGUCUGUCCGUGUUUGUGUGUGUGUGUGUGUGUGUGUGUGUAGGGCCCUGGGGAGAGUCUGCUGCUGAGCAUUAAGCUGGCCCUCACGCCUCUGAGCGAGCUGACGGACGACGAUGGCGAAGACGGCGGCCAAGGCGAUGGUGAGGCCAACGGCGAGGAGGCGGAGCAUGACGCAGCCGAGGGUGAGGAGGACGAAGACGGCGAUGGUGACGAGCAGAUGGACGUAGACAAGGGGCGCAAGAGAGACAGAGACCUCGACCAGGGGGAGGAGGAGGGCGACGAGGGUCCCCAAGCCAAGCGACAGCGGUGAGGACAAACUCAACACAGACAGAGCACACACACACGCACACUCUCUCUCUCUCUCUCUCGCUCGCGCGCGCGCACACACACUUCUUUGUGGCCUCACUCACUUUGUGCCCAUUGGCUCGGUCGGUUCGUGUGUGCGCAGUGUGUGCGGCGGUUUCUUCUUUGAUGAUUCUUUCCCGGACGACCUUGGCCUGCCGCAGAUGUUCGAGGAGGGGGAGGGGGAGGAGCCCACGGAUCCCACAGAUGUACACCAGCAGCCCGAGACCGACCUCCAAGCACCACUAGCCGCCGCACACGCACUCGGUGGGUGAGGUGACUGGCUGAUCCAUCCAUCAAGACACACACACACGCACACACACGCACGCACACACACGCACGCACACACUCCCCCCUCCCCCCCCCCGUGUGUGUGCGUGUGUAGGGGCGUUGGCUGAUGUGGCCCCUGUGCAGUUGCGGGAUGCGCAGCUGAACUACCCGGACACCUUCGACGAGCACUAUGUCAACACCAUCUUAGACAAGGUAUGGGUGGCUGUGUGUACCUAAUCUAUCCACGUGUACUGUGUUGUGCUGUGUUGCGUGAUGGUGUAGUUGGACAAUUGGGUUGAGAUCCUGCGUGACGGCAAUAAGCACCAGGGGGACGACGUCAACGAGGUAAUGGAAUAAGCGGUGGAGGGGAUGUGGUGGCUGGCCGCUGUGUGGUAAGAUGUCGUGUGUUGUGUUGUGUUGUGUUGUGUGUCGUGUGUGUCCUCAGUUGGUCUACACGGUGCUCACCACCCAGUUCGUCCUUACAGAACAGUUCUGGCAAGACAAGUACGCACAGACGCAGCCCUACUCACACACACACACACACACAGACAGACACACAGGACGGCAUCCCUCUCCGUGUUUGCAGAGCGGUGUUUGCCGAUGUGGGCAAGGUGCAGGAGCGCUUCUCCUUCUGGCUGACCUACAUCAUGCCAACGCUGCUCGACCGCCUCGACUUUGUCCCCCUGCCCGACGACCUCCACCACAUGGACAUCGACACACCGCCACACACCCAUGCCCGCCACCACCGCCCACACCACAACGCCAUGCGGCCCAGCGAGAUGCGGGCCCGCUGCGAGUACGCCGCCCGGCAGGCGCAUGAGGUGUGGCUGCGGCUGCUGGGCGACUACCUGGCCGACUCGACCAUUUCGGAGGACGAGCCGGAGGAGCCGGUGGGCUUCUUCAACCUCUACAAAUACGCCAACAAGAUGCAGGUGGGCCGCAAAAGACGAAAGAAACGGGUGGCAAAAGGUCAACGUUUGUUAAUGUGUCUGUGGGUGGGUGCGUGUGUGUGGCUGCAGCUACUAGGGUAUUUGGGUAGUCUGAUUGAGCGUUUUUUGGUGUUGGUGGUCGAGGAGGACGGCCGGCGGGCGGCCGUCAAGCGGCUCAAGGCCAUCCAGGAACAGGUACGUGUCUGUGGGCAGGGAGCAGCCACUCGUUCGAUGGAUGUGGGGUGGUGUGAUGUGAUGUGAUGUGAUGUGUUGUGGUGUGUUGGUGUGCAGGUGCACCUGCAUCCUGGGGAGGCGCCCAGCACACCCACAUGA